AUGAUAUCCACACAUUUUAUCCAUUAUUUAACUUAUUGUUUCGACUAUUUUCUCAAUACUUUUAAUAUAAUUUUGGUGACAUUAUUCGGUCUCGGGUCAUGGUGCAUUGUCAAUGGCCUAUGGGUUGAAUUGCCAGAACUAGUUGAAGCAUUGCCAGAAGGAUGGAAUUUGCCUACUUAUUUAUCCCUGAUAAUUCAAGUGAGUACUUUAAUAGAAUCCUGA